AUGGGUCGUCAGUCGUUGUUCUUGCCAGACAUUCUUCCAUGCCCAGGACCCGGUAGAUGCGAGUUCCACACCAGCAUCUUCGGUGGCUCCGACGAUCCAGAGGCGGUCCCCGAGGUAUAUUCCUGCCCGAGGUGUCAAGAGGAACAUCCCACUACCAUCGACCCGCCCUCUGGUUCACCAUCUCCGACCUGCCCAAGCCGGCUGGAAUCAUUGCCCACAGAGAUACUACAAGACAUCGGCGAAAGGGUCCCCAUGCCCUAUAGGGCCUUGCUCGCAUUCUCAUCUCGCACACUCCACCACAAGCUCGGAAAAAGGGCCUUCGAUGUUCCUACCAGAGAUAGGCUACUGCUGAGCGAUCUCCUCUCUAGAAACAUGCCUGCCUAUGCGACCUGUUGGGACUGUAGAACGCUUCGGCCAUACUACUCUGCGCUUGCUUGGCCGCUCCUGAAGAUUCACAGGAAAGAAAGGGGGAUACCGAGCUCUAUCUACGGUGUAUCCGAGUUCCUGAUGACCAAAGCACUAGCCUACUGUGACUCACAGCGGAAGACGGGGAAUUGCUUCAUGUCGCUCUUGACAUGUGCUGGCACUUAUAUCAAGCCUUGGGCAGACAAUGAUAAGAGUUAUGCGGAGGAUGCCGGCUUCAGCAAGGAUGAUCUCCAGAUGGGUCUCCAGAUCACCUACGAAGCUAGCGGACGGAUAUCGACGAAACAUACCGCGGACAGGCUUGUGACGCACGUCCAGUAUCGUAUUAACCUCCCACGUCCAUGGACAUCCUUCGCAGUCGCACAGCGCUUUGCCAUACUCCGGGACUUCUAUCUUUGUCCGCACGUCUACGCGUCAAAAGUUCAGUAUCGCGACCCCCAUGACCCAACCUUUCCUGCCGACUCAUCUAUCAAGCACUGGCUGCCUCACGAAGGACCUGUACCUGAAGCUACUUUGACAUGUUCCAAGUGCUCAGCAGAGUUUCGGAGCACCGUCGAGGACGACAAGGGCCAUCAGUCUAUCACUUUCGACGUGUGGAGCGAGUCAAACAGGACAUGCAAUGAUGGCUUGACGGAGACGACAUUCUGUCAGGGGACGAGUUAUUCGAAUGGAUUGUUGGGGAAUUCGAAGAUUAGAGGAAUGUUUGAGUCCGCGCCUGCGAUAUAG